CACUCCAUCAGAAAAGUUGCGGAACUCCCAUUUAUGGGGCAUCAGAGCAGCCAACUUGCUUCCAAGUCCUAGAAGAGCUGUCUUCGAGACUUGUGGGAGUCUAAGGGUAGGGAGAGGACGGGCAGACAAAGAGAAGGCCGCCACUGGAGAAGGGAUUUAGACGAGAUGCUCCCCUCUCCAUCCAAACGAAUCGCUCACCUUACGGAUUCCCUGGGUCGGUCUGUGUGAAUUGGGGAUGCCCAGGUAUUCACCCCGCGUUAAUCGGUUGCUCGAGCGGCUUUCGCUCCGAAGUCCUCGAUCUCCCGCCUUCAUCGAGCAAAGACAACCUCCGUUGCGGCACGACACUGUAACGAAGAGAUUCGCACUCGCAAUGACUACGAACCUGGCCGCAUUAAUCUCUAGGAAGAUUAGUGAGCUUCCAUUGGAUAAGGCGGCAGAUGAUGAGGAAGAGGACCAAGUAUCACUGGCUGUGGAUGAUCUGACUUUGGCGAUCACAAGAGCUGCUGUUGAAGAGGAGAAUGAUCGAGCUCAAAACAAUGAUCAAGCCGUUUCCAAGCUCGCCGUCGCCAGCCAAACCAAUCUCACGAUCACCCCUGGUCAAGCCAACUCCACCAACAUUGGCAGCCACACCAAUCCCAUGGCUGUCAUUAAUCAAGCCAAUUCCAGGCUCAUCGCUCUGCCCCCAGAACUGCAGCUGAGGGUCUUCGAUUUGCUCGACCGCUGCUCCUCAACCUGUCUGGGCCUGACUACUCGCAUAUUCUACCGCCUCCACAGGGCAGCUCGAGGCAAGGUUCCACUCUGCGCCUUCUAUUUCAUCCCCGGGGCCCCAGAUUGCCGUGGCUUUCGUCUGCACGUUUUGCUGAAGGAGUGGGCUGGUCCAGAGUUAUUGUACUGUGAGAUCAGAGACAAGUUCGUCAACCACACCAGUUUAGAGAUCGAGCGAAUUGAGCGUGCCAAGAUUCCCAAGAACCCGUGCAUACGAUACUGCUGCCAUGGGUUGAACCUGGAAAGUGCCAUUGAAAUUGCGGCGAUACAGCGACGGGACAAUCAGGAGAAGAGGAAGGAUGCUAAGGAGGCUGGGAAAGCUUCGUACUGGUGGGUCUAGGCAUAGACUCUCUGGUCUGGAGGCAGUAUCUGGAGGGUGGCCAAGGAGCUGUACAAAGAAGAAUUGGUUCAUUAGGGAAAUAGUCAAGGAGCUGUAGGGUAAGGAUCCGUGCCAGCGGACUCUUUUCAUGUUCUCAAUAAGUAAUAUGGGCACAAAGUGAGCAUUUGUGGCAUAGCCAUCAAAAGUACCUUUACUAAGAAUAUCAGGGGGAAAAUGAGAAUUUGAUGAAUUCAUCUCCAGUUCUCCUGGCAUACAAAGGGGAAUUUAAUAUUGAAAGGC